AUGGAGGUGGAGCAGACCAGCACGAUCGAGCGCCCAACAACCAACAUCGACGAGGGGCUCUACAGCCGGCAGCUGUAUGUCCUCAACCAUGCCGACAUGCUCAAGAUCACCGCCACCGACGUGCUCAUCGUUGGCCUCAAGGGACUUGGCGUUGAGAUCGCCAAGAACCUGGUGCUGGCCGGCGUGCGCGCCCUCCUGCCGCCUUGGCCCUGCUAUCGGUGCUCGCUUGCGGACCCCCACCCGCAGAACGUGGGCCACUGCUUCCUGCGGGAGAGCGACGUGGGGCGUGCGCGUGCGGAAGCGUGCGUGGACCGGCUGGCCGAGCUCAACAGCUACGUGUCCGUUUCGCUCCUCUCGCGACCCCUCAACGCCCAGACCGUCUCCUCCUUCUCCGUGGUGGUGGUGACGGAGGCCGGGUGGGGCCAGAAGCUCGAGGUGGGCGAGUGGUGCCACGAGCGGGGCGUGGCGUUCGUGGGCGCCGAGGCGCGCGGCGUGUUCGGGAGCGUGUUCUGCGACUUUGGCGAGGCCCACACGGUGCUGGACCCCAACGGGGAGCCGCCCUUCCAGCAGAUGAUCGCCUCCGUGACCCGCGACAAGCCGGGCGUGGUCACCAUCCUCGACGACCGGCGCCUCCAGCUCGAGACCGGCGAUUUCGUCAAGUUCACCGAGGUGCGCGGCAUGACCCAACUCAACGACGCCCCGCCCCGCCCCAUCACCGUGCUCGGCCCCUACACCUUCUCGAUCGAGGACACCACGGGCUACGACGAGUACCUCUCCGGCGGAUACGUCGUCGAGGUCAAGCCGCCCAAGACCCUGCGCUUCUUGUCGCUGCAAGAGUCGCUGAAGCAGCCCACGUGGACGGACGCGGACUUUGGUAAGCUGGAGCGUCCUCCGCAGCUGCACCUGGGCUUCCACGCCCUCGCCCUCUGGACCGAACGCCACGGCGGGUCCUACCCCCUCCCCUACCACCACGAGCACGCCCUGGAAGUGGUGGAGCUGGCCAAGGAGCUCAACGCCUCCGCCAAGCUGGUGGAAACGGUGGACGAGAAGCUCAUCUCGCUCCUGGCCUACGGCUCCCGCGGAGAAAUCUCGCCCAUGGUGUCGUUCAUCGGGGGCGUGGUGGCGCAGGAGGUGCUCAAGGCGUGUUCUGGCAAGUUCACCCCCAUCCACCAGUGGCUCUACUUCGACGCCGUGGAGGCCCUCCCCACCGACCUCACCCCGGCACACUUCCAGCCCGAGGGGACGCGGUACGACGGGCAGGUGGCGGUGCUGGGGCGCGAGGUGCAGCGGCGGCUCGAGGCCCAGCGGUACUUUUUGGUGGGGUCGGGCGCCAUCGGCUGCGAGGUCCUCAAGAUCUGGGCCUCCAUGGGCCUGGGCGCCGGCAGCGGCGCCAUCCACGUCACCGACAUGGACAUGAUCGAAAAGUCCAACCUCAACCGCCAGUUCCUCUUCCGCCCCAAGGACGUCGGCAGGUUGAAGUCGGAGGCGGCGGCCGAGGCGGUGCGGGGGAUGAACGGGGCCAUCAACGUCCGGGCCUACUCGGCGCGGGUGGGACCCGAGACGGAGAACGUGUUCGACGAGAACUUCUACGAGUCGCUGACGGGCGUGUGCAACGCCCUCGACAACGUGGAGGCCCGCAUGUACAUGGACUCCCAGUGCAUCUACCACCGCAAGCCCAUGCUCGAAUCCGGCACCCUCGGCACCAAGGGCAACACCCAGGCACGUGCCCUGCUGCUGCUGCUGCUGCCCCCCCCCAUCGCUUUGUUUGAACAUCACCUCACCCAACGUCUCCCGACUUGUGUGGUGGUGCCGAUGCUGACGGAGUCGUACUCGUCGUCGCGGGAUCCGCCGGAGAAGAGCAUCCCGGUGUGCACGCUGCACCACUUCCCGAACAAGAUCGAGCACACCAUCCACUGGUCGCGGGACCUGUUCGAGGGCUACUUCAAGAACGCGGCCGACCACGUCAACGCCUACCUCUCCCAGCCGGACUUCCUCGAAUUCCUGCGCAAGCAGCCCGUCGUGCAGCAGGUGGAGAUCCUCAACGCCAUCCACGGGUCCCUCGUCUCCGAGCGGCCCUUCACCUUCGACCAGUGCAUCGCGUGGGCCCGCACCCGCUUCGAGGACCUCUUCCGCAACAACAUCGCACAGCUCCUCUACAACUUCCCCCUCGACACCAUCACACCCUCCGGCGCGCCGUUCUGGUCGGGGCCGAAGCGAGCGCCCAGCCCGCUCACGUUCAACCCCGACGACCGCACCCACAUGGACUUCAUCAAGUCCGCCGCCAACCUGCGCGCCGCCAACUUUGGCCUCAAGGGGAGCGUGGAGGAGGGCGUGUUCCGUGCGGCCCUGGGCCAGGUGACGGUACCGUCCUUCGUCCCGCGCAAGGGCGUCAAGAUUCAGACCAAGGAGGACGCCGCCACCAAAGUUGAACAAAGUGAGGGUGAUGAGGAGCAGGCCGCGCGGCUCCUGGCAGAGCUGCCCGCCCCGUCCACGCUUGCCGGCUACCGCGUCAGCCCGCUCAUCUUCGAGAAGGACGACGACACCAACUUCCACAUCGACUUCAUCGCCGCCGCCUCCAACCUACGCGCUCGCAACUAUUCGAUCGCGGAGGUGGACAAGCACACGACCAAGGGCAUUGCGGGCAAGAUCAUGCCGGCCCUCGUCACCACGACCGCUCUCGUGGCGGGCCUCGUGUGCCUCGAACUCAUCAAACUGGUCCAGGGCAAGGACAAGCUCGAAGACUUCAGGAACGGGUUCGUGAACCUGGCGCUGCCCUUCUUCGGCUUUUCGGAGCCGAUUGCGCCGCCCGUGGGCACCAUCACGGAGGGGUGGAAGUGGACGCUGUGGGACCGCUUCGACGUGAAGGGUCCGUCGACCCUGCGCCAGCUCAUCGAACUGUUUGAGUCCGAGCACAAGCUGGAGCUCUCCAUGGCCUCGUGCGGCAGCACCAUGCUCUACUCCUUCUUCAUGCCCAAGUCCAAGCUCAACGAACGCAUGGACGUUGAGAUCGCCCAACUGGUGGAGACGGUGACGAAGAAGCCCCUGCCCGAGAACAAGAAGUACCUCACCCUCGAGGUGGUCUGCUCCCGCCUCUCCGACGGCGAAGACGUAGACGUGCCCCCCGUGCGCUACCAGUUCCGCGGCCUGUGA